CUCCCUCUCGUUGCACUUCGUUCUUGCAGCGGAUGGCGGUGCCGCGUCUUCUUCUCCACCUCGUCUACCCGACCUCGUCGUCCCUCCUCCUCGCCAACUGCAAGCCGUCGCCCCUACCUGUCCUCAACAUCGGCUGUAGCAGCAGAAGGAUCAGCACCGCCGCUGCGCAGCGCGACCCCCCGUCGGAGGCCGCCGUCGAUGACUUCUGGCGGUGGCUUUGUGAGCGGGGAGCGGUCGCCGCCUCUUCCGCCGCGACCGUUAAGCCUGGUUUCGUGCCGGAGGGCCUGGGCCUCGUGGCCCAGAGGGACCUCACCCGCAACGAGGUGGUGGUGGAGGUCCCCAAGAGGCUCUGGAUCGACUCCGACACGGUGGUCGCCUCCGAGAUCGGGAGGCUGUGCACCGGCCUCAAGCCCUGGGUCUCCAUCGCCCUCUUCCUCCUGCGGGAGAGGGCCCUGGGCACGGCCUCUCCCUGGCACCCCUAUCUCGACAUUCUUCCGCCCACUACCAAUUCCACUAUCUUCUGGUCAGAAGAGGAGCUUUCUGAAAUAGAAGGAACUCAGUUAUUGAGCACGACGAUGGGUGCUAAAGAGUAUGUGGAAAGUGAAUUUGUCAAAGCAGAAGCAGAAGUGAUACUUCCAAACAAACAUCUCUUUCCUUCAGCUAUAACAUCACUUGAUUUUCUGUGGGCUUUCGGAAUGCUCAGAUCAAGGGCCUUUUCACAUGGUCGUGGUGAAAACCUUGCUCUUGUUCCAUUGGCUGAUCUUAUUAACCACAGUUCCAGUAUCACUCAAGAGGAUUCUUCUUGGGAAAUUAAAGGAAAGGGCAUCUUUUCUAGGGAACUGAUGUUCUCUUUACGAACACCAGUCCAUGUGAAAUCUGGUGAGCAGGUGUAUAUCCAGUAUGACAUCGCGAAGAGUAAUGCCGACUUGGCGUUUGAUUAUGGCUUUGUUGAACAGAGGCCAGAUUGGGAUGCAUAUACUUUUACACUAGAGAUUGGUGAAUCUGAUCCAUUUUAUGGAGACAAACUAGACAUUGCAGAGUCAAAUGGUUUAGAUGAAACUGCAUACUUUGAUAUAGCUCUAGGGUGCCCUCUACCCCCAUUGAUGCUUCCAUAUUUGCGGUUGGUAGCUCUUGGAGGAGCAGAUACUUUUCUCUUAGAAUCGGUUUUCAGAAACACAAUUUGGGGUCAUCUGGAAUUGCCGGUGAGUCGUGCCAAUGAGGAAGCCAUUUGCCAUGUUGUCAGACAGGCCUGCAAAUCUGCUUUCUCUGUCUACCACACUACCGUAGAGGAGGAUGAAAAACUUAUGGAAGGGGAUAAUUUGGAUGAAAGACUUCGAAUCGCAGUUUGUGUAAGAGCUGGCGAGAAGAAAGUUCUCCAGCAGAUCGAUGGUGCUUUCCGAGAGAGAGAGUCCGAGUUGGAUAUUUUGGAGUAUUAUCACGAGAGGAGGCUCAAGGAUCUGGGACUGGUUGGGCAGCAAGGUGAAAUCAUCUUCUGGGAAUCUAAAUAGAACACCUGCACGCACCUUCUCUCCCAAUAUCUGAUUUCACAUGUUGUACAUGGAGACCACAGUGAACAGUUGCACGCAGGUAAUUGAGAUAAUAAUGCAUUUGACACCAGAAUGCAGUUUAUCAUCCACAAUUGCAGUCCUGUAAGCAUCGGAUACUCUGUGAUGAUUUGAUUAAUUUCAUGUGUUCUAA